AUGGAAACCUAUUCUGGUCGAGUUCACGCAGUAUUGACUUUUGUUUCAAUUGCGUUGUUUACUAUAGCAUUAAUGUUCGCUCUUCCAACUUGCUUAAAAAAUUAUGGUGAUCUUGUGUCUGUGAAGAUAUCAACAUCUCGUGAACAUGUCAUUAAUUUACCUAAUAUCAAAGUCGGAAAAGAAAUUUGUGAUCUUGGAAUGCUUAAAUUUGAUUUACAAGCCGAUUUUACCAAAGCUUUUGAUUACAAUACCAAUGUAAUAUUUAUAUAUCUAACUGCCCAUUACCAGACAAAGGCCAAUAAGUUUAAUCAAGUUGUUCUUUGGGAUUACAUUUUACGUUACAAAGCUGAGCAGAUAAUAAAUAUUCGAGAUCAAGAUGUGAAAUAUUACUUUUGGGACGAUGGCCGAGGAUUGAAAAACAAUCAAAAUAUCACUUUAACUCUCGACAUGGCUGUUAUGCCGAUCUCUGGAUUUUUACGUACAUUUACUUUACCUACAAGUCAUGUUUUCAGUUUUCCAGACAUUUAUGCGAAUCAUUAA